UGGCAGCAGAGAAUUGAGCGACGGCACUCUCUCUCUCUCUCUCUGUGUGUGUGUGUGUGUCCGGCCAGCCAUGUGUAGUCCAUUACAUUACAUGCCGACACAUGUGCAUAGCUGAAAUGUCAUCAAUACCCACACCACUACACGCACCAGACAGAACCCACACAUACGAUGAAAAGUCACUCUCGAGAUCUCUCUCCCCUGUGACAAAGGCAACCCGCAGCUACACACACACACACACACACACACACACACAGGCAUACCCGCACCCACACACACAGGCGUACACAGCAAACCCAAAUACACAGCACGCACCACACAGGUCAGUACUAGUGUGUGAGCCACACACGUCACAGCUCUUUCUCUUGUUCCCUCUUGCGCAUGCCGCAAUGGACUCACUCAGACCUCUGGCCUAUCAUGUGCCAAACCUGCGGCCCUCCGUCGGCCAUCGUCCGCCCGCCCCACCUGAAUGCGCACCAUCUCCCGCCCUCUCGCAUCCUUGUCUGCCGGCAUCACCAGCACACACUGGGGACUGUCGUCGACGUGCCGCGAGGCCGCAUCGCAGUCGAGCGGCGCCCUGCAGAUGGGGCAGCUCCUGUGGCCGGUGGCUAUCCAGGUCUCAAGGCACUGCCGAUGGAAGACGUGUUGGUCAAAGCAGGUGGGGACCGAUGGGGUGGUGCAGCUGUCGUCGGCCUCGUAGCUGCACAGGCAGAUGCAGCACGCCGCCUGAGGGCUGUCGACGGGGGAGGCCUCAAGAGGCUUGUUCUCCUGGGGGCGGAAGGGGAAGACCUGACAACCAACACCACACACAGAACAGAGCUGCCCAGGCGGCGAAUCGGAUGGCUUUUUACCCAGAGGUCAAUGACUCUGCUCUUGGACGCCGCGUCUGGCGUCCGCCGGCCGGAGCCGAUGGUGUCGAGUGGGACAUUGCUCGACAGCGUCCCGUUUUCGGUAUACCAGAGGUUCCACGCUUUGAGGAGUGUCUUGAUGAGGGGCGGGACGAACCUGAUGACCAGGAUGAGCAUGAUGAUGAGAACGAACAGAGCCACGAGGUCCAUGCCGGCACUGCACCACAUACCCCUAGGGUCACACAGACUCAAUUUACACUUGUACAGCGAGUUAGGACGGCCGUUAGCGGCCAUCCUGGCCAAAGGGCAGCGAUUUUUCCUCUGUUUUGGUCCACGCAGACGCACCGUGCGAGUCUAAAUGGCAAACAACACUACCUGCGUCCCUUUCUAGCUUGGCUGUCACAUAGACGGGUUCAAAAACGUCAAACGCACGCAGCCCACGGCACACGCACCUUUCCUUCCCUGACGACGGACCAAAAUGCGUCCGUCGAUCGGCCAUGACGAGCACACACGACACACGCGCACGCCACACCAAGGCUCUUUCGCUUCGCGAAUCCGUCGAGUAGCUCACUCACCAUCCACGAGUUCUCACCACAUCACUCACAAAAACACAACGUCAUGCCCACUCACGCACCUGCCUUGACGGCAACCGUGACGCCCCUCCCUUCAUGGUCCGACGCGCUCGUCUCCUCGCCGCUGGCCGGCUCUGCCACAAGGGACGCCGGCUGGUGCAGCGGCAGCUGGCUGGCCAUCGACGGCUCGAUUGCCGUCCUCCUCCGGCAGCAGGUGAGCCGGAUGCCCUGACAGAGGAAGUGGAAGACCGUCUGCGCGAGGAAGGCCACCACCACCAGAAUGGCCGAGUUCCAGUCCUGCCACGUCAGCACCGGGUAGAGCGGCUUCCCGGUCAGGAAUGUCGCCCCUGCACACAUAUACAGCACGUUCACGCAGAGACCAUUUAGAUGCAUCCAUUCUUGCCCGCCUGCCCACUCGGCACCAGGUGCGUACCUGCGUUGAUAGGGCAAUAGACGGCGCCCAGCAGCAGUGACACAAUGAGGUGUCGCGAGAAGAAGGGGAUCUGGUGCUGCAAGAACUCGAUGGCCAGCAGCCCCAGACCAACAGCGUGGAGGUUCAGGUUGAUGUAAAGGGGGAAGCCGUGGUCCAGGAUGUGCUCCUCGUGCAACACCGGCCACACCACCAGCCAGAACAAACUCGCGAUGACGAUCUCAAGCGGCAAAGCGAUCUCGAACAGCAGAGUGAUGGUCUUGUGCAGCCUCAGCCGCGCCUGGCUCUGCUCCAGCAGCAGCGCACUGUCGCCCUCACUGCCUAUCCGCCGCUCGCCCAUCUCCUCCCGCCAGACAUACCAGUUGUGGACCGUCGCGAAGGCAAAGUACGCCAGCGACAAAGUCCAGCCCCAGUUGGUGAGAAAGCAGAAGUAGAGUGCUGAGGGGGCGAGGUCGAAGCCCAUGAAGAACCACACGAUGAAGUAGACGGUGACGGCCAGCCGCCAGAAGAAGGUCGCUGCGGGCGGCACAUGGCGGUAUUUGAAGAUGUCGCUCGGGGUGACCUGCAUUCAACACAUCAUCAGACACACCCAGUCAAUCUGAGUGGAUAUGUGGGAGCCGUCGGGGUGACCUGGUGGCUGACGUGCUCGGGCCACAGAAAGCUCUUGGGCUGACACAGGAAAGGCAUGGUGGCCAUCUCAACCAGCAACAACACUGAACACACGCAAGACACACAAGGAGGGGAACCACGGAUCUGACUCUCACUGCCCGCAGGUGUGUGUUUUGGCUUCGUACCUCAGCGAGUGCUCAAAACCGCAAAAAGCCCUGAUGGUGAAGGCAACCACAAUACAGAGGGACAGAGGGACAGAGGGAGAGAGGGAGAGAGGGAGAGAGGGCUGUGGUGUUGUUGAUCGUCGCGUCUUCGUACCUCCGUCUGACGUACAAGCACGCCCUUUUGCUCGUUUCUUCCUGUGGAUUUCAGUCGAGCAGCGCCACCCUGGGCGUCCCCUUUCCUCACUUCGUUGAUGUCUUGUCGAGAAACCAACAGCUCGUCAUCUCUAAGCUCGCAGAAGCCAAGGAGGAGCUCAAGGCCGACAAACGUGCAGAGAGUUCAUCGUAUAACACGGGCGCAU